CUUGAGAACCUGCCUUAGAAUCGGAGAAUUUUUUCAAUUUUCUUUUUUUUCACGGUUAGGACGAGUUUUGGUUAACCUCUGGGUGAAUAGCAAGUCUCUGGAAGAGCUAGAGCCUUUGGUUGAUAAUCAUCAAUUUUGUGUCUAAUUAGGAAAUUUUUUGGUUGGAGUCAUGCCACGAUUUCCACUUCAUCCAGCUUCUGGAACUGGAGUUUAUACUCAAUGGCAUGAUAAAGUCAUUAGGUUGGCGCGAUAUGGCUGUGCAAACCGGCCGUUCUUUCAUAUUGUUAUCAUGAACCCGAAAGUCGAGCAAAGGAAACCUCCAAUAGAGCAGCUGGGAACAUACGAUCCCAGCCCAAAUCAAUUCAACGAGAAAUUGGUGUCCCUCAACACUGAGAGGCUGCUGUUCUGGCUGGGGCAGAAGAAUGUCACUGUCAGUGAAAAUGUCGAGGAGCUCCUGGGACUGUCUGGAUUUCUACCCAUUCAUCCUAGGACCUUCAUUAAAGCCUGGAGAAGCAGAAGAAAAAAUGACGAGGAAGCUGCCAAGGCUAAACUCGAGGAGGAGCAGAAGGCACAAGAGCAGACAAACUGAUCAUCUUGCUGACUAUUUUGUAAAUAGAAUUAUCGAAUAAGGAAUACUUUACAGAACUAUUAA